AUGGCUUCACAAACAUCAUUGAAGGAGCUCUCAAAGGCCAUCAACGCCUACAUCACCGAGCCUACGCUCCCUCUACCGGAAGAACUCAUCGAGACGAUUGCGGCAUACUUGCGACGACACCCAAAGUACGAAGAAUCCGCCGCCGACCGCCUGCAGGAGGAACUGCUGUCCAUCUUCGAAAAGCAUGUCAGCGGGAAUCUGGACGCCUCGGGCGCAUGGAUCGCCAUUCUCAGGCGCCUGCUGCCCAUGAUCCAGACUCCCGAGCGACUGCUUCUCUGGAUGGACACACUACAGGGAAUCCUGACGCAGAGGGUCACGCACGAUCGCAACGUGGUGGACGAGACCGUCGCCGGACUGAUGGACCUCGUUGCGCUGGCCGACGACUACCAAGAGGAUGUAGGAGAAGGUACCUCGAUCAACCCCAUCGUUCACACACUAUUCUCCAGCUGGAUGGAGAGAUUCUACCCCGGUGUUGUCGAGGGUAUACCAAACAUGGAGUACAACGAGCGCAUGUUCCGCGAAGCGCUGAUUGCGUUUGGCAAGAGACGGCCUCUGCAGUUCUUCGCAUCGCUGGAUAGUUUCUUGGUCCAGGCAAAGCACCGCCAAGCUGCUCUGCGCUUUCUAUGCGACUUUGUUCAGAACAGACCGCCGCAUCUCCACCAGAUGCUUGACUGUCAACUCUUUGGCCACCUCCUCAGUUGUCUGCAGCAGGACACCUCCACGGCCGUCAUCUCGUCUGCGUUGACAGCGCUCACCAUGCUACUGCCGCAUAUGCCGAGUGCUCUCGUGCCGUUUCUACCUGUUCUGUUCAACAUCUACGCUCGCCUGCUGUUCUGGAAAGGAGGAUCGGCGGAGGGCCCUGAGCUGGUCAUUCACAACCCCGAGACAGAGGCCGAAUGGGACGUUUGCAGCCGGGUCCUCGACGUGGAUGACACUUCUAUUGCUCACCUGGCGAACUAUUAUACGGUUCUGUACGGGCUAUACCCUCUCAACCUCAUGGACUACAUUCGCAAGCCGACUAGAUAUCUGCGCCAUGCGAAUAUUGUGAAUGCGGAGGAGUUUGGGAUCCAAGCGACUGAGCUCCGGGAUCAGUCAGAGCGAUUCCGCCAGUGCCACUUAUUGCACCCCAACUUCUAUACGCUGACAGUUGAGUCGGAAAAGACAGAUUUGGGCCGCUGGAUCAAGAGCGAGGCUGCUCAGGUUGUCACCGAAUGCAUGGCCCUCUACAUCUCCACUGACACGGCCGGCUUCGGACCAGACCAUACGAUGACACUUGAAGGGCAACUACCAUCCAUGGCCAUGGAACGCCAGAAGAAUGCACGCGACUCUGCUAUCCUCGAUAGCCCUCCUGCGCAUGAUGCCCUCCCCAAGAGGGCGCUCUCUACCCUGAGCCAUCGAAGCUUGUCGAGGGUGGACUCGCAGACUAGCCUGACGUCGAGAGACGAAGCGGAAGGGAGGAGGAGCGGCCUGAGCGUGGACAACCAAUCUUUGACACAGUCCACAUCGCACACUCAGUUGCAAGACUUAAUCCAGUCAAACAAGGCCAUCAAGUCGGGCAUGCGCCAGUCGACUGCGGAGAGUGAGCCGUCUGCCCCUGCCAGUCACCACGAAUCAGGACAGGAGAAGCCGCCGACGGAGCCUCUCAAUACGACGUUCUUCAGUGCUGCCAACGCCGUCGGCAGCGUAAACUCCCAGCUGGCACAUCUACAGAGGCAGAAUCUCAUGCUCCAGAACGACCUCAGCUUUGAGCGCUACCAGAAGCAACAGCACAUUGCCCAUGUCGGUGAGCUCAGGCGGCGCCAAGUGUCGGAGGCGGCAACGGAAGCGGAGACGCAGAACCUGAUCAUCAUGAACCGCAACCUCAAGAACCGCUUCGAGGAAGCCAAAAAAGCAGAGAUGCAGGUACGCAAGGAGUCGGAGAAGAGCCGGGCCAUGGCCAAGAAGUGGGAGGCGGACCUGUCUGCCAAGCUCAAGACGCUCCGCGACAAAUCCAACCAGACAAAUGAGGAACUGGAGCGGGUCAAGAGGGAGCUCAAGGACACGCAGGGGGAAUGCGAGAAGCUGCGCAAGCUGGUCUGCAUCGGGGAGGUCAAGGAGCUCAACUGGAAGCAAAAUAUGCAGUCAGCCGAGCUGCAGGCGUCCGAGACGGACCGUCUCGAGGCCGAGGUCGAGCGCCUGACGAUUGCGGAGCGGGAGGCCCAGGCCCAAGAACAGGAGCGGCUGCAGCAGAUGGAGGCCUCGGCCGCGGCAGAAGCCCGCGCUGAGUCACUCAGCAGACGGUUGGCCGCGGAGGAGUUUGAGCUCCAGCGUGCGAGGAAGCUGUUUGAGGCGCAGGUCAGGGAACUCCACGCGCAGUUGAGCUCAGCGCAACGGGAGCGACGUCCACGAUCAGGCCAGAAAAUGGAGCUGGAGACGCUCAUGGCAGGCAGCCGCGCCAAGCAGGCGGAGAUGCAGAAGCAGUACGACGGGUUGAUGCGCAAGUACACGGCGCUGCAGUCGGCCCUGUUCGACAUGCAGUCGGGCGCCACGCCGGAGCAGAUCAGGAUGGAGGCAUCGAGCCAUCCCAUGCCGAGCGGUGACUAUCCGCCCCGCGCUGCUCCGGGCAAGGUAGCCCAGCCAGCAAGGGCCUUGUCAGAUGCAGCAAUUCCCGACGCCACGUCGUAUAACAUGACGCCGCCGCUUAGGAAAGAGUCUGCCCCGACGUCGGCAGCCGGCCAAGGGCAGCGACCAGCGACGCCCGGGGGUAUAGAGGUGCUGCCGACGCCCACGAGCCCGGAUCAAAGGUACUUUGGACGAGGAGGCGUCCAAAAUCGGAUACGCAAAGAGGGCAAGGCCGAGGAGGGAUCGGCGAGCGGCAGCCGGAAAAAGGACAAGAGGUCGACAGGGCUGCGCGGACUUGUCAGGGGCAGGACUGAGUGA